GCAUUGCCAAUGAGGAGAAGAGUGUCCAUAUCAUAAUCAUUCGUUGAUCAAACUACAAAAUCUAACUUCCACCAAAGAAAAGAAAAUGGAAUUAGUUGAAGAGAUGGGUGAAAAAAGAGUUGUGGUGGACAAAGCAUAUAUCUACGAAGAAGACAAACCACUUACUGUCUGCAAAACCUCUCUUUUCUACACUGGUGAUGGCUUCGCCGCCUACGACUGUCACGGCGAUAUCAUCUUUAGGGUCGAUUCAUACGGACCCGACACAAGAGAUAACGACGAGUUUGUUCUCAUGGAUGUCGCCGGAAAGUGUCUCCUCACCGUUAAACGAAAGAGACCAACUCUGCACCAAAGAUGGGAAGGUUUUCUCGGGGAGAGAUCAGACGGUCAGAAACCAAUAUUCAGUGUCCGAAGAUCGUCAAUAAUCGGACGGUGCACGAUGGAAGUAGAGGUUUACGACGGAACAGGAGAAGAGUACACCAUAGAUGGUGACUUCUCGCAACGUAGCUGCCUCAUAUACGACACGAAUAAGCGAACUGUGGCUGAGAUCAAACGCAAAGUGGACGCGUCAACGAACGUGAUGCUUGGACGAGAUGUGUUCACUCUCGAGAUUAAACCUGGUUUCGACGGGGCUUUCGUGAUGGGUUUGGUCCUUGUGCUUGACCAGAUCAACGGUGAUGAUCCAGUUGAGAUUGGUGAUGAACAGGUGCACCCUUUUGUUGAGGACUAGUCUCUGACAUUUGAGGUUGUUUGUGUAUCAUUAUGUGUAAAAACAUAAAGUUGCUACGUUACAUAAUAUAUAGUCCGUCUCUUGAAAUUUGUUGACUAUAUAUAUAUGUGAUGUUUAAAAAAAUAAAAGAGAUGUGAUGUUGAUUUUUUUACACUGUAAGACACUUUCUAUCUUUCGAAUUACUUUCUUAGACACUUCUCACUUGUCCAACACAAUAUGCUUAUCAAAAGACUUCCUUAUCCUCAUUUCAGACCAGACCAAGCUUCACCUAACCAAACAUAAGUAACCAUGGUUCCAUCAUUUUUAAUACGAUUUUUAUAUUUUCGACAUAUCCAACCACGUUUUCAUUUAAGGAGAAUUCAAAACACAGAUCUACUUUUACUUUCUCCAGACCAAGAAAAUUCUAAUUUCUUCAUCUCUCUUUCCAACAACUGGGACGUAGAUUAAGUGAACUCAAAAGCUUACUGAAUUGGAUCUGCAGUUUGACGAACAACAAUGGCGAAGAAGAAGUCCAAGUCUUCUCCGGUGAAGGCCAAGAAAAAUUCCAAUGCAUCUUAGGAAUCAGUCUGCAAAAGGUUUCUUUUUUGAUUCUCCGUCGUUCCUCCGCCGACGGAGAAGAAGUCCAAGUCUUCUCUGCCGUUCCUUUGUUUUUAACCUAAUUAGACUAGCUAUUAAUAUUUUUCCAAACUGAAAACUCCAUGAAUUUAAGCUCAGUGAAGCUUUGAUUUAUUUACAUA